AUAUGCUAUCUGUCCAUAUAAGUUCUACCGUUCGAAGCAGUUCCGCUCAUAAUUGAUUUCAAUUUGUUCGGAACGUUUGAAUGGUGAAGUCCAUAAUGGUGAGAAGUUCUGUGUUUCUGUUGAUCGGAUUAGUGGUUUUCUGCGGACAGUCGAAUGGACUUCCUUAUGAUCAAGAUGGGACAACAGAUCCUGUUUAUGGCGAUAGUACAGAGGCAAGUAUUCAGAAGCCAAUAGAUUGUGUCAAAGAUAAUGAAAACGAGAAUAAGGAGGUACUUUUGAAAUUGGACCGGCUAGAGAGCAAAUUUAUGCAGUUAGAGGACAUGAUGAGAAAAAUAAUUGAAGCUGCAGAUGCAAAUAGUGAGAAAACCAGCUUAGAAUCACUUAGCUCUAAAAUAUUGAUGCUGGAAAACAAACUUCUUCAUCAGGGCAAUGAAAUGAAAAAGGUGACAGAAACAAGAGCCAUGAGGAGCAUUGAUAGUGACGACACUGAACAAGGCACACUCCUUUCAAAAAUCGACGUCCUGGAAAACAGAUUGUCCCAACAGAAUGACGACAUGAAGAAAACGAUGGAAGUCAGUCUUCAGCAACUAGAAGAAAAUGUGAAGAAGGUCAUAGAAGUAACGGUUCCGGGCCCCAUUACCAACAAAACAAUCAACCUUGCCAAUCGAUCCCCUGCUGACUCCUUCGGACUAGAAAUGCUGCGCUUGAAAAUUGAUUUCCAGGAGGUUAAACUUUUGCAACUAGCAACCGAAAUCAAAGAGAACAAUGAAAAAAUCUCAAAAAGUUUAGACAAGCUUGAAAAAAUGUACGGAGGUGUUUCGGAUGCUGUGGCGUUGUUGGAGGUGAACGUAGUGCAUGGAUUGUUCUAUAAGUUGAACCAAACAUGGGAGUUAUUGCAGCAGCACGAACUUUAUUAUAACGGAAGCUUCCACCAAGUUCUUACAGAUUUGAACACAAUCACGAAAAUUAACAGCGAAAAUUAUAACAAAAAUGAGCAAAUAAUUUUAAAGUUGGAUUCAAUCGAGACGCUCAAUCUGAAAGUUCCCGAAUUAUUCAUAGAUUUCAAACAGCUUAUCGGUCAAAAUUUGUCCCAAAUGAUCAGUCAAUCGACAUCGCUUUCGCAGCAGAAUAUCAGCUGCAUCAAACACAGCGAUUUAAAACAAACACUGUACGACCUGAUAAUUCUCAAGAACUCUGCCAAAUAUUUUCAAGUAGCCACCCUGCAUCAGUCCUGUAAGGAGAGUAAGCUGAACAAGAAGUCUGGCAAAUAUCUUCUGCAUCCGGUUGCUCAGCAGGACCCCUUCGAAGGAUACUGCGAGCAGGAUAAGUUCAACGGUGGGUGGUUGGUGAUCCAGCACCGAUUCAACGGAUCCGUGGACUUCUACCGCAAUUGGAGCGACUACAAAAAUGGCUUCGGAACGGUUGGUGGAGAGUUUUGGCUUGGACUUGAAACGGUACACCGACUUACGAAGGAAAAGAACUUCACCUUGAUGAUAGAAAUGGAGGACUUCAGCGGGAAGUACGCCUACGCCAAGUACGAUAGAUUCGAAGUCGGUAGUGAGGAUGAGUGGUAUUCGCUGAAACGUUUGGGUGCGUACAGUGGGACGGCGGGUGACGGUUUGGUGUACAGCGCAGGUGCGAAUUUUACAACGUGGGAUUCCGACCAUGAUCAGUCUUCGGAGAAUUGCGCGGUGCAAAGAUACGGAGCUUGGUGGUACAAAAGUUGCACGUUCAGCAACCUGAACGGUAAAUAUCAGAAGAUGCCACAUCAUCAAUCGCUUUGUUGGUAUUACUAUAAUAACUCGGACGAAGGACUCAAGGUUUCCAGAAUGAUGAUUCGGGAAGUGUGAAAUUUGGAUAUAUUUUAAAAUUUUAAGUGUAGAUUGUAUUGGAUCAUUCAAAUAAAUGUCAUAAAAAAGUUAGAAGAACAUAA